GACAGCACGGAGAGACAGCACUGAGAGCUGCAGGGAGAGACAGCCUGAGAGCUGCAGGGAGAGACAGCAUUGAGAGCUGCAGAGAGAGACAGCACUGAGAGCUGCAGGGAGAGACAGCACGGAGAGACAGCACUGAGAGCUGCAGAGAGAGACAGCACGGAGAGACAGCAAUGAGAGCUGCAGGGAGAGACAGCACUGAGAGCUGCAGGGAGAGACAGCACUGAGAGCUGCAGGGAGAGACAGCACUGAGAGCAGAAGGGAGAGACAGCACAGAGCAGUAGGGAGAGACAGUACUGAGAGCUGCAGAGAGAGACAGGACUGAGAGUAAGAGAGACAGCUUGAGAGGGGGAGAGACCGCCUGAGAGCAGUAGGGAGAGACAGCACUGAGAGGAGAAGAAACAGCUUGAGAGCUGCAGGGACAGACUCUGCUAAGUUAAUGUAAAGUGAGUGCUGAAGGAGAGAGACUGCAGUAACAUCAGAAGGACAGGGAUAUCCUGUGUAUUAAACUCUAACAGAGACACUGCUGGGCCUGUAAUUGUUUUUUUUUUAGGACAGAUUGAAACCCAGGAAGUGUUCAGAAACAGGAGAGGGGGAGAGACUGCACAGUUUGUAACGUGGGAGAAACUACAGAGUGUAUAAGGUUUGGAAGAUCUGCAGGAAAGGGUUAGUGGUCGUUGACUGAAAGCAAGAGUGAGACCUAAACAGAGAGAGUGAUACCUAAGCUGAGAGAGAGUGAGACCUAAGCUGAGAGAGAGUGAGACCUAAGCUGAGAGAGAGUGAGACCUAAGCAGAGAGAGAGUGAGACCUAAACAGAGAGAGAGACCUAUACAGAGAGAGAGAGAGUGAGUGAGACAGACCUAUACAGAGAGAGAGUGAGACCUAUACAGAGAGAGUGUGAGACCUAAGCAGAGAGAGAGAGAGACCUAUACAGAGAGAGAGUGAGACCUAAGCAGAGAGAGAGACACCUAUACAGAGAGAGAGUGAGUGAGACAGACCUAUACAGAGAGAGAGUGAGACCUAAACAGAGAGAGAGUGAGACCUAAACAGAGAGAGAGACCUAUACAGAGAGAGAGUGAGUGAGACAGACCUAUAUAGAGAGAGUGAGACCUAUACAGAGUGAGAGAUAGUGAGACCUAAACAGAGAGAGUGAAAUAUAAACAGUGAGACCUAAACUGAGAUAGAGACCUAUACAGAGAGAGAUUGAGAUCUAUACAGAGAGAGAGUAAGACCUACACAGAGAGAGAGUAAGACCUACACAGAGAGAGAGUAAGACCUACACAGAGAGAGAGUAAGACCUACAGAGAGAGAGAAAGACCUACAGAGAGAGAGAGUAAGACCAACACAGAGAGAGAGUAAGACCUACACAGAGAGAGAGUGAGAGGUAUACACAGAUAGAGACCUAUACAGAGCUAUAAAGAGAGAGUGAGACCUAAACAGAGAGAGAGUGAGAGCUAUACAGAGAGAGAGACCUAUGCAUUGAGAGUGAGACCUAAACAGAGAGACCUAAACAGAGAGAGAGAGUGAGAGCUAUACAGAGAGAGAAACCUAUGCAUUGAGAGUGAGACCAAAACAGAGAGAGAGUGAGACCAAAACAGAGAGAGAGUGAGACCUAAGCAGAGAGAGAGUGAGACCUAAGCAGAGAGAGAGUGAGACCUAAGCAGAGAGAGAGUGAGACCUAAGCAGAGAGAGAGUGAGACCUAAACAGAGAGAGAGUGAGUGAGACAGACCUAUACAGAGAGAGAGUGAGACCUAAACAGAGAGAGAGUGAGCGAGACAGACCUAUACAGAGAAAGAGUGUGACCUAAACAGAGAGACAGGUGCAAUUAGGCAUCAUAGUGCUCAGAGGGUGAGAGAGGAAUCUACAGGAAAGUAACAGUCUGCUCAGUGCACAAGAGAGGAAGAAGUGCAGGAAAGAGACAGAUUAAGCAAUGAGAUAGUUACAAGAAGGAGGUUUGGGAAAGAGAUAUCAUUUCUGGAGUGAGAACUAAAUUACAAACUGACAUUAGCAAUAAUAAAGCAGUUUGCAGGAGAGCUAGUGCUAGACAGAACUACUGAGGAGUAGAGUGCCCUGAGGGACAUGUGACAUCUCAUCUGUGACAAUACUAUGAACAUGGGCAGUCAGGGAUUUAAUAGCAAGAAACAGGAAGAGCACAAACUAUGUGUGGUGACAUUAUUGAGUGUUUGCAGUCUGAAGAGAUAGCGUGUGACUGUGUAUGAGACAGACACAAAAUGGAAAAAGUGAAAUAAAGACUUCUGGAGGAGCUGAAGAAAAAUUGUGCAGUUUUAUGCAAAUUCACAAAAGGACUAGAAGAUCCUGAUCAGAUUUGGACAUCUGGAGAAGGUUGUCAGAGACUGCUCCAUAUAUACAGCCAUGCUGCAGGUCCCAGUAACGUUUGAUGACGUUGCAGUGUGCUUCUCUGAAGAAGAAUGGAAAGGUUUACAGCAAUCACAGAAAGAUCUUUACAGGGAGGUGAUGAAUGACAAUUAUCAGAAUCUGACUUCGCUAGGAUUUGCUGUUACCAAACCAGAGAUUGUUGUGAAGAUUGAGAGAGGGGAGGAUCCAUUUGUCAGCUCCCGUUGGGAUUUUACGGCUCUACACCGCAAGACUUCCAGAUGUCGUAAGCCAAAAAAGAUUGUCAUUGUAGAGGCAUCAGAGAUUGGGAACCCAAAGCAGCCAGUGCCAAGUCAAAACAAACCUGGAACUCUUCAUGAUAAUCAUAAUCCAGGGCAGAAGCAUUUCCAAAUAAAACAAUCUGAGACUACAAACAAGCAACAUUCAGCAAAGAGCAAAACUAUCAAAUCUUUCACUAUGACUCUGAGAAAACCAGCAAGAAAAGUAUGCAAAAGCAAAGCUUCAUCUGCACACAAAGUGAUAGUUCCAUUCAUUGAUUCUUUUGGCCGCACUUACAUGGAAUGCAACGGUGAAAUAGAAAGUGGCAGCACUAUUGAACAUACAGGUGUAAAUGACAGUGCAGCUUGUAAGGAUAUUGAGCAGCAGAACCAGCAAGUUGUGCAACCAGAAAAUAAACAAAGAGAUAAGAACCACAAUGUAUGUAAGGAAAGCACAGGUCAGAAGGACAAUGGUGUUACCCAGGAGAAUCCAACUCACACAAUAUGUAGUAGAGGUUUGGAAGAAAUCUACAAAUGCAUUAAAGAGGAAGUUGAUCAGGAGACACCACAGUUUCCAGAAUUGCAAGAAAGCUAUACCGGACUCUUCAUAAAUGCCCAGUCUGAAGAGAAAAGGAAUCAGUCCAUGGACUUUUUAUCCCAACAGAUGGGGACAUGUCCAGAUCGGCCAUAUAGCUGCAAUGUAUGUUCAAAAACCUUUGUGAAAAAGCAACACCUGACGGCUCACAGGAGAACCCACACAGGGGAGAGGCCCUUCACAUGUGGUCAGUGUGGAAGGAGUUUCCGCCAGAACUCUACACUCACCACGCAUCUCUGGAGCCAUGCUGGCCACAAGCCUUUUCACUGCAACUGUUGCCCAAAGAGCUUCAGCCGUAAAACAGACUUGAUUGCCCACAUAAGAAGACACACAGGGGAGCGUCCUUAUGAAUGUACUUUUUGCUGGGAGAGGUUUAUACGGAAGAAGUCUCUAAAGAGACACCUCGAGAAACAUACCGCUGGAAAGCUGGCGCCUCGCUGGGUGAAUAACCAUCCUAAAGUGGAGCCGAGCAGCAGCGUUGGAAUAAUGAUACCAAAGUACGAGGAAUGUCCUACUGAGGGGCCACCAACUCUUGCAUUAUCUGAACUCACAGCACAGCUCUGCUUUAAGUGGAACGCUGACGAGCAGCAGGUGGAAGCAGACAGGGCCACAGUUCUGCCGAUGAGCCACGGAACAGCCUCGUGUGUAUCUACAGAGCGGGUGAAGGUGGAGGAGCAGGUAGAGGAGAAGCACAUUCGCCAGGAAGUUAACAGGAAGCACCAAACCACCCAGACAGCGAAAAAGAGAAUGGUACAAGGGUACCAAGUGGUGCUGAAGGAGUUAAGAAGAGUGCGGAGAAACUCAGCCCGGGUGCAGCAGGAAUGGAGAACCAUGAAGUCAAAGCUGGACCAGCUAAGUGAAGAGAUGAAGGAGCUUAAGGAGAUGGUGGGCACGCUAUGCGCUGCAAAAACCUUGACAAACGCGGGAAGAUCUACAGCAGAACCAAGUACUCCGGUGCUGUCUACACCAUGCCCAGUGUGGAGUAACUGUGAGCGGAUUUCUGGUCUCCAGUCUGAAGACAGGCUGUCCAUACCUUCAGGCAGGGCCUCUCCUGAGAGCAGCUUGCAGGAUGCAUAUGAUUUUCCGGUAGGGACCCUCACUGAGGAGCACAGGGAACAGGGCUCAUGGAUUUAUGUCACCUCUUCAAAUGAAGAAGAUGAUUUGAUGCCCUCUGCAACAGCAGUGUACCCAGUGAAGACUGAGGAUGAGAGUGAGCCAAUUUCACCACCGUAUUCGGCACUGUAUCGGGUGGGGGAACGAUUGCCUAAUAUCACCAUGCUUCCUUUGAGUGCAGAACGGGAGUGGUCCCUGCUUUCGAGGUGUGGGGGGAAGCCAGGCAGGUUUGCUGCACUGAUUUUUCGAGCUAUUGUACCAUUUGACAUUUACAAGGGGUGGGUGAACCACGUGAACCUGGAUGGAUUGAGGGGCAGAAAGGGUAUUCCGCUCAAUGUUAAGAACCAGAUGAUGGGAAUUGUGGAGCGUCACUUCAAUCUGAGAAAGUCUGAGCACUGUGAGAUCCGCAAUAGAAUCAAUGAGCAGCUGCGAACCAGACGUAAAAGUGACAAACAUCCCAAUUCAUUAUACUGACAAUCCUUACAAUGGAACAGCUGAAUAAAAUGUACUUAGUGCCAGUAAAUGCUGCGCGCUUCAAUAUUAGUGCCUAAGGAGGUCUGUAACUCACCGCAGACGCUAAUUCGGUUCUGUGCUACGGCCUUUACGGUUUAGAGAUUUAAUCACAUAUUGCUCCUUUGCUCACUACAGUUUGAGGAUGUUGUGCAGCGAGGUUUCAUCAUAUCUUAUAAUGUCACAUAGUUUGUAUGCAGCAAUUUAGCACAUGGCGUGACAGAGCUGCCGCUACUAUAGCACAAGGCACUUAUAUUGGACACAUUAUGUGGCUUCCUGAGCAAAUGAAAAAAGAGGGCUAGUGUCAUAAAAACAUAAAGUGAAUAAAUACGUUAUUGUAACUUGAGCCAUAUGUGAGCAAAGCUAGAUGUGAUACAGGUUAGAGAAAUAGAACUUAAAGGGACAUUAAACCCAAAAAUUUUCAUUCACGAUUCAGAUAGAACAUGCAAUUUUAAACAACAUUCCAAUUUACUUCUAUGAUCUAUUUUGUUUCAUUCUUUAGAUAUCCUUUGUUGAAGAAAUAACAAUGCACAUGGAUGAGCCAAUCACACGAGGCAACUAUGUGCAACCAUCAAUCAGCAGCUACUGAGCCUAUCUAGCUAUGCUUUUCAGCAAAGUAUAUCAAGAGAAUGAAGCAAAUUAAAUAAUAGAAGUACAUUUUUAAAAUAGCAUGAUCUUUCUAAAGCAUGUAGUGUAGCUAAGGAUUCUGGGUAAUAAUACAUACAAUAUGUUUUUGCAUCUGUUCGCUUCAAACAUAGAUAUGCUGCAAGCUUGUCGCUAGUGCCAGAAUCCGUAGUUGGUUCGAAGGAAAUGUGAACUUAUGUGCCGUUGGGUUUGAGACCGGUAGAUUCUACAUUUUAUUUUUCUCAAUGAAUUUCCCCCCACAAUUUUUGGUCCAGUAAAACGUGUCAUUUACCACAACCAUCAUGAUUCAACCGGGUAAAGCUAAAAUGUCUGCGUUUUUACAGAUCAUUUACAGCAUGGUACAGCAAGGUUCAAGGGUGAACAUCUACAGAAUUAAAAGCACCAUACUGCUCUCUACCACUUUAUUUUUUGCAGUAAAACUAAAUGACUUUACCAGCAUCUCUGCUGAAAUGGCACAGACAGUUGUUCCAGGUCAGUAGAAAAAGAUCUGCAAGGAAUUAAUUCAGGAAGAGAAAUUCAGAAAAAACGUGUUUUAUUCUCUGACCAUUUUUAUAUGUUUAUGUUUAUAUUUCCUUUAUACUCUAUAAUCUUUUUGUUUAUCCAGAGUGACUGAGCCCUAUAAAGUGUGGUAACGUGGUUAGUACUCAUUUGCUUGUGGAAUUUGCCAUAAAGUUCGAUACCAAAGACAAAAAA